AUGUAUGAAGGGAAAUAUGGUAGCUUCCAUAGCUCAGCUGAUCUGAGGUCAGCUAACUGAAACUCUGGAGAACUAUAUUUCAGUGAAGGAAACAUUUGAACACCAGCAAGGCAUCUCACACAAGCUCACGGACAUGUGCAGACUUCGAAUAGAAAGAUGUCUUUUCUCUCUCGUGGCCACUGUCGUCUUGAUUAUCUUGGGUUCUCAUAAGUCCACCAUAUGGACAAGAUCUAGUGAUGUUGUGAUUAAGACAGGAGGAGAGAGUAUGCCUGUGCAGUACCAAUUCAAAGCUGUUCCAAAACCACCGCAGUUCAAGUGUGGCAUAAAAACGUGUCCCGAUGACCACUUUACAUUUGUUUUAAAAAGUGGAAUUGGAAAUGUCAUUGGGCCAAAGAUUUGCUUUGAAGACAAAACAUAUGUGAGUGGUAUUCUCAACAACGUCAAGAGAGGAAUUAAUAUGGUUUUGAUAAAUGGAAGCACAGGGGAGGUCCUAAAAGUAGCUUCAUUUGAAAUGCAUUUUGGAAAACCACAGCCAGUGGCAGAUUUCCUUAAGUAUAUCAAGCCGAACACCAUCAUCCUAUUGGCCAGCUAUAACGAGCCUGCGAGAAUUAUGACAACUGAAAUUCGGGAGUUGUUUUUCCAAAUGGGAAGUCUUCAUGUUCUACAACUUGCUUCAAGGGACAGCUGGGUAUUCGCUGGAGCAAGUGGAGCAAUUGGAAACAGUCCUUUUGAGCGAGUAAGAAAGCAGAUUGCGGGCGAAAACAAAUAUGGAAAGUGGCCAGACGCAGUAUACUUGGAGGGAUGUUUCCCAAAAAACCCUCUUGGAAAAGAUCUUGUCAGAUCAUCAGUCAAUCAAACGGAUUAACCUGCCAAACUCUAGACGCCUUUGUUUGGGGGAGAGAAAAGUCUGUAUGGCCUGGUCAAAUACAAUGUUCCCCUUGGCACUGGAAAGUCAUUUAAAGAGUGGGGUAGUUUCUUGGAAUAGGCUAUAUGCCUGAUGCAGUGACUACUCAACCUCUAUUUUUGGAAGACCAAAGUAUUUGUGGUUCAUGUGUCAUGUGUGUUUCAUAGCAUUGUUAGUAUUGUAAAGAUAACCUGUUAUUGUACAUUGUAUUUAUUAUUUGUCUUUUAAAAAAAUCCCAUUAAAUUGCAUUGUACAUGUAAAAACUUUUUUGUGGCAACAAUACUCACUGUGGUAAAUAAAAAAGUCAACAAACAACUCGGUAACAACCGUAACAUGGGAGGUCCACCAUUUCUGUUUAGCCCCCUGAGGCAACAACAAAGAGGCCUAUCAAAGCCACGUGGAUGCUCUGUCAAUGACAACCCCACCCACACCCUCUGAUGUCAUCAUCCCAGCUACAGCUUGUCCAAUCAGUGACAGCUGUUGCUACCGGCAGCCUGGCCUUUCCAGCAUGGGAAGCUCACUGACGAGAAUGGCAGCUCAGCCUGGUCCAAUGCCUACCUUAAACGCACCUCACAGCAAUGUAAAGAGGGGUGAAUCAGUAACACAGGCUGAAGAGCCAGAGACUGAAUGAAUGAAUCUUUUUUUCACAGCUGAUUUAUUUCCAAAUGUGGGACUGCGGGUGAGGAAUACAUGUUCUCUUGUUGU